CCUGAGGCAGGAAUUGAACCCAGGUCUCUGGAGCUGUGAGGCAGCAGUGCUAACCACUGUGCCACCGGUUGGGUCUUGGACAUUUUACUGGAAGAGUGAUGGAACUGUACUAUGAAUCAUCUGUGGUUGACAUCUAUGAGAAACUGCCUGUCCCAUUUGGCCUUGUGAGAUUUGGUGUUGCCCCUGACCAUCCAGAAGUGAAGAAUGUCAUCAAUGCAUUUACCCAGACAGCACAUCAUGACCGCUGCUCAUUUUAUGGCAAUGUUACUGUUGGAAAGGAUGUAAGCAUAGAAGAACUGAAACAAGCAUACCAUGCACUGGUACUGACCUAUGGAGCUGAAACUAAUCGAACACUUGACAUUCCUGGAAAGAAUCUACUAGGUGUCUAUUCUGCAAGAACAUUUGUAGGCUGGUACAACGGUUUACCUGAAAACAAAGAUCUGAAUCCUGAAUUGAGCAGUGAGACAGCAGUCAUCCUGGGACAUGGAAAUGUGGCAUUGGAUGUGGCCAGGAUUCUCCUGUCUCCCAUUGAUGUACUUAAGAAAACUGAUAUUGCUGGUCAUGCGUUGGAGGCUAUAGCAACUAGUAAGGUGAAGCGGGUAUUACUAGUUGGGCGACGAGGACCCCUCCAGGUUGCCUUUACCAUAAAGGAAUUGCGUGAGAUGAUUAAUUUGCCUGAUACUCGUCCAUUGCUCAAUCCCAGAGACUUCAUGGGGCUCAAGCAGGCUGUUAAAGACCUGCCAAGACCAAGGAAACGGCUAACUGAGCUCAUGAUAAAAACUGCACUUGAAAAGUCUUCUGGGAAAGAAGUUGAACGCCAAGCUGCAGCCACCAAGGAAUGGGGUCUUCAGUUUCUACGGAGCCCCUUGGAGAUAAUACCAAGUAAUGACGGCAAACGGGUAGCUGGGAUUCGACUGUCUGUUAACAAAAUGGAGGGUUUAGGAGAGUCUGCAAAGUUCAUUCAAACGGAAGACGUUGAAGAUCUGGAGUGUGGAUUAGUGCUGAGCAGCAUCGGCUAUAAAAGCUAUCCCAUUGACCCUUCCAUUCCAUUUGAUCAUCGACUAGGAAUUAUCCCAAAUAAUUUGGGACGGGUCCUUCAUGCACCAGGUCUUUACUGCAGUGGCUGGGUAAAAAGGGGACCGACUGGAGUCAUCGUAACCACAAUGCACGAUGGCUUUGAAACAGCUGAGACUGUGCUGGGGGAUGUACGAUCAGGAUUACUGGACGUGUCUGCUUCAAAAGGAGGAUCUAAAGUAAUCAAGGCUUUACUUAAACAACGAGGUAUUCGCCCAGUUACAUUUCCUGAGUGGGAAAAGAUUGACAAUGUUGAAGUGGCACGUGGUGAGCAAGCUGGAAAGCCCAGAGAGAAACUGCUUGAUGUUCAACAGAUGAUUGAAGUGGCCAGUCAAUGAACAUGCUGCUCCAUGAUGAUGUCUGUACUUGAUCAAAUGUUGUAGAAAUCGGAUAUGUUCUCUGUCUGACCCUAUUCUCCAUCUGAUUUAAUGCAGAUCCACUCCUCGGUUUGCGAUUUUUAAAGAGGCAGAAUCGUUAAGAUUAACAUGAGUAAGGAUGCCCAAUUGGUUUCUCGUGGGUCAUUCUUGAAAUUAAAGCCUGUUGUUCCUUUCACUGUGAAUCAAUAUCCAACUGAUCCUUAAACUUAAGUCAAGAUUUUUCUUUUGAAACUGAUCAUUCCCUGUGUGAAGAGCUUAAAUUAAGGACUGGCAGCGAGUUUCAUCAGUAUAGAACUAUGUCUACUUCUACUUUAAUGUUUAACUAAAGUAUUAUCCCUACUUUGCUCUUAGUAAUUGAUUGAUUGUUUUAAUCUUAAAUCUUUGAAAAGGUCUCCACUUUGGGUGUGAGGAUAAAACAAAGAAUUGCCCAUUGUAUUGCAGAACAUGACCUCAAAAAGCAGCAACAAAGCAUCCUGGACAGCCAGUUUAUUAAUAAAUCCUGGUCAUUUUAGUUUCAUGUGACUUGUCCAUAAUGUGGCAUCUUGCACUAGAAUCUGCACUGCUCCAGCAAUUCGAAUGCUAUCCUUGUGUUUUGGUGUGUAAGCAUGGGCGCAUUGUUUAAAGUAUAAGCAUUAUUAUUUCAGCUUGACAUCCUCUGACCUCUUUUGAUUUAACAGCAUUGUUCAGUGUUCAAUUUGUUGUUUACUGGUCUGCAGUAAAUGGGCAUAUUGGUUACAAAAUUUGCUAACAGCCUUUUAAUUUUACUUGUAGCUAUUCUGACAGGUAGGCAAUGUAUUAACUAGUUCCUUCAUUUGUACCUCCCAUUUCAAUCCAUCUGACACGUUUAAAUCCCCCAAAUUUUUAUCCAACUUCUUGCUGGAUCUUGGCUUCGUCAUCAGACUUGGUGCCAUCUCCUGUUUUUAAUCCGAUUUUAUUUAACCUAAUGUUGUAAGUAAGGAACAGUACAGAUCACAAUGCAGCUCCACUCUUCCCCAACGCUGUUACCCUGCUUCAAAUGAACACUACUGCUAGGCAGCUCUGAAAAAGGUGCAUUUAUGUCUUUAGUUAUCUGCCUUGUCGUCAUCUACCCCUCCUCCCACCAAUCCAAACCAUACUGCAGCUUUUGUCCGUAUAACCACAGAUUGUGGCAGUCUUUCCACCCCAUUAACUAAUCUUUUUAAUACAAACCUUCAGAUUUCCGCUAUUACAGCCAAUUGUUUAAUGACUGCUGAGUUUUCCCUUCCAUUCCCUUAAUCAGAAGAUUGUUUCAAGUUUGAAAGACUUUAUGU